UUAAGGGUAGCUGCCAGUCCGUUCAUAAGCUCUGAGUAGGCCGAGCGCUGAGGAACCGCGCGUUACAUGCGCGACGGUAACGCAUAGACUCAUUUUUGGAAGUGUAGUGUUGUGAUGACGGAUACCUAUUAUGUACUGUGUAUGUGAUAGAUCUUCGGGACAAAUUUAUAUAUUUAUAUAUUAUCAGAUCGCCAUAAAAUGAGGAACUGACCAACAAAAUGGACUCGCCAGUAUCAUCGCAAGAUGAUCGAGACAUCGAAGUGAACGUGGUGUCAGGCGCGAGCAGUCCCGACAUCACGUCGUCGCCUUCUAGAAAAGAACAGAAGAGUCCAUACUACGAACUGAAGAAGGAUAAAGAGGAAAAGGCGACGGGGAGCGCGCCGUACACAAGUUUCUCAAUUAGCUCAAUUCUCAACAGAACAGAACCCAGAAGAGAGUCGAAUGUUCUGGAGGCUGCAUUGGCGGCAAAUCAGUUUGGGAACGCAAAUGAUGCAAUGUUAUCAAGGUUGGGACUAAUAUCACAAUGGAGUGCGCUGGCCGGACGGUAUGGGGGUUUGGUUCCUGCGCCGUGGUACUGGCAGCGACCACACGAGAGGUCCACGCCACCAAGAGAAGACUCUACAACCAACGAGGAAGGCUCGGCAGGAGGUUCACCGCGGCCUCGCAGCCCGCCUCGAGUGCCCACUCCGCCUUCACCAUCCCGCUCGUCACCUCGUUCGCCACGACUCCAUCCUGCACUUUACCCUCAACAACAAGACCCACAAGACUCCGACCCGGACGUUGACGAGAGCGAUGACUUCGAUAAAGACGAGAAACGCGAUCCCAAUGCUAAUUUAGGCAAACGAAAGAAGAAAACGCGGACGGUCUUCUCUCGGUCCCAAGUGUUCCAACUAGAGUCCACAUUCGAUAUGAAACGAUAUCUAAGCAGCUCUGAACGAGCCGGAUUAGCAGCAAGCCUUCACUUAACAGAAACGCAAGUUAAGAUAUGGUUUCAGAACCGACGCAAUAAGUGGAAGAGGCAAUUGGCAGCAGAGUUAGAGGCUGCCAAUAUGGCGCACGCUGCUCAACGAUUAGUCAGAGUUCCGAUUUUGUACCACGAGUCGAGACCGACGUCGAUUCCUCAUACUCCGUUGCCGAUUCAUCCACAAUUUUCGAACGAACCCGGAGUAUACUUUCCUCCUCAAGCGCCGCAGCAGCUUCAACCGCUACCGGCAUCACCGGUCACCUCUAGAGCGCCUCUGUCAAGUUUAGUGUAGUGUUCGAUUGAUUCCGUGCGGAGGACUGACAGUGCGGAUGGACAAAUAUUUUAAAAUCAGAAUGUGAUUGUGAUGAGUAUGACUGUGGUCCAGCAGAUUGGAGGACAUCCAUUCCAUUAAAAUAUCGUUUAACAUCUUUUGAAGCACUUGAAGUGAUUUUGCUCUUGCUGAAGCCAUUAGUACAUUCGUAACUUGUGAACAUUUAAUAUAAGGACUAGUCAUAUGAGUGUCAAAGCCAAAUCGUUCAAAAGUUAUUAGGUAAUUUUGUAUAGGUACAUGCCUGGUAUAAUUAAUUAGUAAAUAAACUUAGUUAACUAUUCAUUUACUUAACUAGACGAUAGUUAUGGAAGAUUCAAAUAAAUGUAACGUACAAAAUUGACAUUCAAGUUGUAUAUAAAAUGUAAAUAAGAAUGUUUUAAUAAAGUUUCAUUGUAUUUAUUCUGCAAUAAGCACUAGUUAAUAUUGUAAAUAGUAGAGACUAAAGAACUGAUUAUAAAUGCUUCACAUGAAAAUAAUGUUUGCGAAUUAUAAAAGGAAGUGAACCUUCACAUAAACACCAAAAGACUAACUUCAGUUUUGACUAUUUUUUUUUUUACAGAAAAAUAUUUAAAAACAUUUUGUAACCAAUUCAAAUAUUUAAGUACAUUUUUCUAUAAUUAUAUAAACGCCUAAUCUAAAUAUAUUCUCGUAAUAUUUAUGUUCUCAGACGUUUGAAACAUAUUUGAAAUCAAAGUUUGAUUUCUAUACUUACCUAUAUCACUUUUUAUUUUAAUUUUAGCCUUUCAUUUUACUGUUUUAUUUUUGUUUAAAUUUAUGUAUGCAUAACAUUUUUAUUGUAUACAAAAUUUAUACAUUCAGGAUUCAGAACAAAUGCUCAAUUUAUUAGUUUUCUAAUAUUUUUAUACCAGUAAAUUGCCAGCGUUUUUAAAUAAUAAUUAACAUUAAUUGAAAAAAACACAAUUCACUUUUAAUAUUUAUCGACAAUCCCUAACGAGGUAGAGAGGAUCAGGUACUUUAUCCUUUAUCCUUUCAUCAAGGCCUUUAUCCUUUCACAUAUUACACGAAAUAUCAUUCAUUUAAACACAAUUUACCACCGCAAUUGGAUGAUUAUUUUUAUUACUUUAUGUAUUUAUAUAUGAAUAUAUGUUACUUAUACAUAUAUGAAUAUAUAUUUUAUUAAACUUUAAUGCGCAGUGAAAUUUUAUGUACAAUUGACGGACUUAACUCCGGACGGUACGUGUAUUCUGUACCAGUUAACUAUUGGACGAACAGAGAAAUAGCAGGCGGUGCAUUUAUGAAUUGAGGAAACAAACAUAUACUUAAAGUUUCACCUUUCUGUUACUUCUACGUCUUAUUAUUUAUAUUAUUAUGUUCCUUAUUUAUGGAUAUAAAUGUUUAUUUAAUAAUGAUUGUAGCGUUGUCUUAUAUUUGAGAUGAGCGAAAUAGUAUAAUCAAUUUCUGUAAAAAAUAUGUUAUGUUUAUUAAAAGAAAUCAUGUAUAUAAUUAUAAUAAAUCAGAAUAAUCAGCUAUGUAUGACUUAAACAUAAAAUAAAUACAUGCAGAUAUAAUUGGAACUCGCAGGUUUAGUUGCUACUAUUUAUUUAUCAAUUAAUUAGCGUUUGUAAAUUGAACAGAUAUUACCUCUUAAAGCCUAGGUCUUUUUUUUAAUUAACAUAUUUAUAAAUUAUAACCUCGUUACAAUGUGGUUUUAUGCCAUAAUUAUUUUAUUUCCCAAUUAUCUAUUCUGCUAACAAAUUAUAUACACUGACCUGUACUAUACAGGUUAGUGAUUGUAUAAAAUAUGUUGCCAUGUUGCUUCAAUGUAAUUCUGUAAUAUUGCUAGCCUAAAUAAUUGAAUAAUGCUUAAUUCUAAAAUAUUAAUGUUAUUUAUUGAUAGUAGUUGAAGUUCUCGUCAUUACAUUGUACUUAAUUAUUAUAUACGCUGAAGUAAGGCGAGGAAUAAAACAAAAUU